UGGCAUAAAAAUGGACAGAAUUACAGACAGGAUCUUCUUGGGAGACAUCAAUGGGGUUUCCAACCUCCAUUUACUCAGGAAGAACAAGAUCACGCAUAUUUUGACAAUGGCUGCAGGUAUUAGACCAUUGUAUAGGAAGGAGUUUAAGUAUAAAGUAGUGAACAUCAUGGACUUGCCUACACAGAACAUCCUCAUGUACUUUGACAAAGCUAUCGAGUUCAUUAAUAAAGCUGUAGCUGGAGGUGGCAGGGUCUUAGUUCACUGCUUCGCUGGUGUCUCAAGAAGCGCAUCUACAGUUAUAGCGUACUUUAUGGCUACCAGGAAAAUGGGCUUUACUGAAGCUUUCAAUUAUGUAAAGAAGAAAAGGCCUGUCAUUUUCCCAAAUUAUGGAUUCCAGAGACAGCUUGUUGAGUACGAGAAGUCACUUCAAAAGCGAUAUUCAGCCAAGAACAUGGCAUCUUGUGAUGAGAAAGUUAAGGGAAAUAAGCUUGAAGUCAAAUUUCUAGAUUCCUCCUCGAAAAGUCCAGGUAUUACUCAUCAUAAACUCUCCAUGUAUGACACAAAAAGAGAUGUGAAUUUGUCACCAGAUGUAAUCUCACGUCAGUUGAAACCAAAGCAGUUUCAUUAUCCGAUGUAUUUAGAGUAUGACUCUUCAGUAACUCCUGUAAGGCCAAAUAAGUCUUUUUAUAACCGUAAUGGAUCCAGGAAGAGGCCUACAUCUUACUCAAUAGCGAAUAUGAAGUCAGUCGAACAGAAGAAGCCUCAUAAACCAAAGGGUAAGUUCCUCUCAAGUUUCCAAGACAAAGCAAGCUAUCAAAAACUUGAUCGAAAGAGGUUCAGUUCUAAACCAAAGUCUGGCUUCCAAAAUCUUAUGAAGAAGAAAGAAGUCAAGAGGGAGGAGAGUAAGCAUAGAGUUUUCAGAGCUGCUAAGGCUCCUUACAACCAAUAUUCCUCACAUAAAACAAGAGAGGUCACCAACAAACCUUCCAAGCUGAAUGCAGACAAUAUGAUAAAAGGAAACAAAAUCUUAUAAAAUCCUCUGGUGAAAGCCAGAAUAAGAGAAAGCAGAAGGAAUUUAAUAUAAAAACAAAGAAGCCAACCAAAGAGAUCCAUAGGAUAGCAUCAACAAAGGUAGUUGCUCCAAAGAUAUAUUCCUACUCCUGACAGUUCUGAGGGCAAGGUCUGUUCACAUCUAAGGAUAUCCAGGCUCAUGAGAGCUACUCUAAGACUUAUACACAGAACUUUUACCCUGAUAGGAGUAAAACCGUAUCAAAAAUAGGCUACUAUAAGACUCCUAAAUGUAAUAUGCUCUUCAUUAACCAAAAAGAUUGGAUCACUGAGUACGAUGGCAACACAGGUAGGAUCCUCUGUCCUCGAAAGAAUUGCUCAGUAAAGCUUGGCAGCUACUCCUGGGCUGGUAUUAAGUGCCAUUGCGGUGUAUACAAAUCUCCUGCUUUCCAGAUAUCUAAAAAGGCGAUCAGAGAGAUUCCUUCUUAUUCCUAAGACAUAUGCCUAUUCAAUAAAUCACUGCUCUAAA